UUGGCCGGAACAGAGGGGAGGGGAACCGAGGCCUCAGUGAAGGAGAAGGAAAGGACGGUGCCGUUGUCCCCAGCUUCUCUCACUGACAUGGCUUUGCCUCUGAGGUCCUUGGGUCGGGGCUUGGCCAGUGCGGCCAAGGGAGACCACGGAGGGACAGGAGCCCGCACCUGGCGCCUCCUGACCUUCGUGCUGGCGCUCCCGAGCGUGGCCCUCUGCACCCUCAACUCCUGGCUCCACUCGGGCCACCACGAGCGCCCAGAGUUCAUCCCCUACCAUCACCUCCGGAUCCGCUCCAAGCCCUACUCCUGGGGAGACGGCAACCACACUCUUUUCCACAAUCCCCGUGUCAACCCUCUGCCCACGGGCUACGAGAAGCCUUGAGGCCUUGGCCGAUUGCCCCAGACGCAAUAAAAGUGUGGAAGCCGUG